CAAAUCUUAAUUGGCCGGCUAUUGUGCUAAGAAACAUAUAAAAAGUCCAGGGGCUCUUACCGUUUUCUGUUCUACCGGCCGCUUGCUUUAUACUUCAAAGACGAUAUCUCUGUAAACCAAUUCAACGUCUUGAAAUCUUUGAUAUCUCUGGUUGGCCUGGUUUAGAUACUAGCAAUGUCAGGAGAAUUUAAAGUGCUGCAUUUGGUCAGACCGUUUCUUCCGUUUCUACCGGAGGUUGAAAGUGCUAACAGAAAGGUCCGCUUGUCUGAGAAGUUGAUAUAUACCUUGUUUGCCCUAGGCAUCUUUCUGGUGUGCAGUCAGCUUCCACUGUAUGGAAUACACUCGACAACUGGUGCUGAUCCGUUUUACUGGAUUCGUGUUAUAAUCGCAUCUAGCCGCGGGACUGUAAUGGAGCUUGGUAUUAGCCCAAUUGUGACAUCUGGAAUGGUGAUGCAACUCUUGGCUGGUUCAAAGAUGAUUAAAGUGGACAACAAUGUCAGUGAGGAUCGUGCACUAUUAAAUGGGGCACAAAAGUUGCUCGGAAUCCUCAUUGCUGUUGGUCAAGCUGUUGCCUAUGUCCUAUCAGGAAUGUAUGGUCCUGUUGGUCAGCUCGGCGUUGGGAAUGCCAUUCUUAUCAUAACUCAACUUUGCUUUGCUGCAAUUAUUGUGAUGUGCCUAGAUGAACUUCUUCAGAAGGGAUAUGGUCUUGGAUCGGGGAUCUCCCUUCUCAUAGCUACGAACAUCUGUGAAAACAUCAUUUGGAAGGCUUUUAGUCCCACAACUAUAAACAAUGGCCGUGGAGCUCAAUUUGAAGGUGCCCUUAUUGCUUUGGUCCAUCUCCUGAUAACAAGGACAGACAAAAUACGAGCUCUUCGAGAGGCUUUCUAUCGGCAGGACCUACCUAAUGUUACAAAUUUGCUGGCUACAGUUUUGAUCUGUCUUAUUGUCAUCUAUUUCCAAGGCUUUCGUGUGGUUUUACCAGUGAGAUCAAAGGGUAACCGUGGACAACAGGGAUCGUAUCCUAUUAAGCUUUUCUACACCUCCAACAUGCCAAUCAUUCUUCAAUCUGCUCUUGUCUUCAAUGUUUCCUUUAUCUCCCAGUUGCUUUACAAGAGUUACGGUGGGAAUUUCGUGGUGAACUUGUUGGGGAAGUGGAAGGAGUCUGGACAUUCUAGUGGCCAGUUUAUUCCAGUUGGUGGUCUUGCUUACUAUGUCACUCCACCAGCAAGCUUGGCAAAUAUGGCAGCCGAUCCAUUCCAUGCUCUAUUGUACCUAGUGUUUAUGCUUGCAGCCUGUGCAUUAUUGUCAAAAACUUGGAUUCAAGUUUCUGGUUCUUCCGCCCGAGAUGUAGCUAAGCAGCUCAAGGACCAAAACAUGGUGAUGCCUGGACACAGAGAAUCAAACUUGGAGAAGGAACUUAAUCGCUAUAUACCAACUGCAGCUGCAUUUGGAGGAAUGUGCAUUGGUGCCCUGACUGUUUUAGCGGAUUUCAUGGGAGCAAUUGGCUCAGGAACUGGGAUUUUGCUUGCGGUUACAAUCAUAUAUCAGUACUUUGAGACAUAUGAAAAAGAGCGUGGCAGUGAACUCGGCCUUUUCGGCCUUUAAGCCCUAAAGCACACAAGGAAAUAGUUUCAGUGACUGAUACGUCUAAUAGUACUGCCUCAGAUAUAUAAUGCCAUAGGGAUAGAAUCGAGAUCAAAUUUGUAGUUUGUAACUUAGAAGGAACCUGUUAAUCAUUUAACAUCUAUGAUUCUUUAAUUUCUACUAGGGUGGUUCUAGUUUAACCUCCAAAUUUUUCCCUUUUACUAUCUGAGUCUUUCAUCUUCUUUAAGUCGAGAGUAUUCGUACAAUCCACUUUAUAAUUAUUUAGUCAUUGGUAAUACACCAUCUGAUUUGUUUUAC